CCUUUAUCUCUUUAACUACAGUUGACAGAGAUGGAAUUAAGAUCUCAAUUUUAUCUUAAAACCAAAAUCUUUUCAGAUUGAGGUCCUUAAAACAAAACCUCAUCAAGUAGGGGUCUGUAGGAUAACCUAUUGAGUAUCAAUUUAGGGGUCUAUAAAGGUGGAGAAGUACUGGUAUACGCCUAAUCAGGUGAAAAAAUAGUUCACAAAUUUAUUCUUCAUAAGUGUAAAUAAUUGUAAAAAUGGUUGAAAUCUGUUUCACUGUAAUCGCCAGGCGUUAGCGAUGGACCUCGCAAGGAUAAACAAGCGCAAAUGUGCGUCUUUGUGUGCGCACGCGCCUCAACCGUUGGAUGUGGUGUAUCAUAGCAACGCGUUUAAACAAAAGUGAAGUGGGAAAGAUGGCGACGCAAAGGGAGAAAGACGCGGCAGAUUAUCUCAAGAAACACAAAAUUAUGGAGCUCAUGGACAAUCUGAUCAGCAUGCUCUUCUUUUACAGACCUGAGAAUCCCAGAGAGUUUCUUGUUGAGCAGCUGGAACAGCUGAAGAGAUCUCGGGACAGUGGUGUCCCAGGGCCAAAUCUGUUCAACGACACCAACCUGGAUGCAGUCUUUGGGAUACUGGACCCUGCUAAUCAAGGACACAUCACUUUUGAACAAUACAAGCACGCUCUGACCACACUGGGCAUAAAGGACAUCAAUGAAUGUCCUGAAGGUGUAAACGAAGACAGAAUAUCCUUUGAGACUUUCAAAACAGAGGCGAUGCAAGGCCUGCAGAAAUGCUUAGCAACAGCGUUGGUGUGUUGAACGCGCCGCAGCAGAGGGCGUGGUCAGGAAGUGACAUGGCCGACUC